AUGCCUCUUCCUUUCGCGAAUUUCGGAGACGCCCCAAUACGGCUACGUAGGGGCAUGGUACUAGGCGUGCUGGAAGAAAGUCCGCCGAAGACAGAGGAGUUUCCCGUCUUACUAAAUUUAGCAGGAAUCUAUGAGGGUCAGCCGUGGGUUGAAGAGGAACCGGAAGACCACCACUAUGCCGGAGCGCCGUUCCUUAUUCGCCCGUUACUAGACGAACCAGGGAUGGAACCAAACAUCUCCGACGCCUUCGGACCGGAUAUCAAGGCUCGAAUUCGGGCCGUGCUUGAUAAACACGCUAAUCUUUUCCGCGCUGAGCUAGGACGAUUCAACGACGGGAUUAACAUGCCAGUUCUAUUCAAAGAAGGAGUAGAAAUCAAUGACUUACGACAAGCGCUAUUCCCUUAA